ACAAUUCCACUCAACUCACUGCGGUGGGACCCAUUCAUUCCCCGUCCCAUCGCCUGCAAAAGGCGCCGCGAGUACCACCAAACCGCACCCCUCCCCGGGCUCCGAUCCGACCGCCGUCGCAUUCCCCGCCGCCGUCUCGGCGCCCGUGGCGGCAUCGCGUGCAGGGAGAGGGAGGACCGGCCCGCCCGCCCGCCCGCAGCCAUGCCCAGCUCGCCCAAGGUUUUCUUCGCCUCCGCCUCCACCUCCUCCCGCCGCGCCGGGGCGCUCCUCCGGCUGCUCUCCUCGCCGGCCUUCUCCGCCGUCUGCCUCCUCUUCGGCCUCGCGGGGUUCCUCUCUGCCGCCCUCGUCGCCUUCUCCCGCAGCGCGCCAGCCGCUGCGCGCUGCCCGGACUCCUCCCACCCGCUCUCCGUCUCCGUCGCGUGGGACCGGAGGCCCGGGGAUGGCGCCGGCGGCGCGGGGGCCACCAUGCUCCCGGCCUUGCUUGCCACUGGAUCGCGCGGGAGGCACAAGGUCAUGGCCUUCGUCGGGAUCUUCACGGGGUUCGGCUCCAUCGGGAGGCGGCGCGCGCUGCGGCGGACGUGGCUCCCCGCGGAUCGCCAAGGUCUACUUCGAUUGGAGGAAGCUACAGGUCUGGCAUUCCGGUUCGUGAUUGGGAAAAGCAAUUCCAAGAAUAAGAUGGCCUCUCUUGAAAGAGAGGUUGAAGAAUAUGAUGAUUUUGUGCUUUUAGAUCUUGAGGAGGAGUAUAGCAGGCUCCCAUACAAAACGUUAGCCUUCUUUAAGGCUGCCUAUGCAUUGUUCGAUUCUGAUUUCUAUGUCAAAGCUGAUGAUGACAUUUACUUGAGACCAGAUAGACUUUCCUUGCUUUUGGCUAAGGAGCGGUCGCAUCCACAAACGUAUAUCGGAUGCAUGAAGAAGGGACCUGUUUUUACUGAUCCAAAGUUGAAAUGGUAUGAGCCACAAUCCUACUUACUUGGAUCGGAAUACUUCCUUCAUGCAUAUGGGCCUAUUUAUGCUUUGUCAGCUGACGUAGUGGCAAGCUUGGUUGCAUUGAGAAACAACAGUUUCCGUAUGUUCAACAAUGAGGAUGUUACUAUUGGAUCCUGGAUGCUUGCUAUGAAUGUCAACCAUGAGAACACGCAUUCACUUUGUGAACCUGACUGCACAGAGUCCUCAAUUGCUGUUUGGGAUAUUCCAAAAUGCUCAGGUCUAUGCCACCCAGAGGUAAAGAUGCUAGAGCUUCAUCAAAGAAAAGAAUGUACAGGUGGUCCAGCUGAGGUAGCUGAGGUGUCAGAGGACCGAUGAGUUCUUUGUUUGGACACUAUGGAUCGGCUGGCAUGAUGACAGCAUAGUUGACCUCUGCUCGUACUAAAAAAGAACUGUAGGAGUAUUAUCUGGAAUCAUCAGGUACAAUCAUUGCAGGGGUGGGGGGGGGGGUACCAUUGAAGAAACCUAUACAGGCAACUGGCGUGUUUCAGACGUCAUUGAAGCCCAGCACUAUAGCACGACAUUUAAGUUUUACAUUCUUGUUUGCUCUUUACUAGGGCACCAUGAUCGUCAUUUGGAAUGCGCAUCCUGUCUUGUAGCAAAAGAAAUUUUGGUUGUAUAGAAUGCAUUACCAGUUGACAUACCAUACACCAUUUCUGCCGUGACUGUAAAAUUAGCGCUUUCUGAUUUACAAUUGUUGGCGUUGCUGUUUCUGCUA